AUGGACUUGCUCAAGAACCCUGACUUUGCUGCCUAUGUGAAGCACGCCUUGGAGCGAUACCAUGUCCCAGGUAUCGCCAUCGCCAUGGUGCAAGGCAAUCGAAUCGAGUCUGCAGGCUUUGGCAAGGCAUCGUUAGACCCGCCGGCAGACUGCAACCCCGAUACCCUUUUUGAUAUUGCUUCGACUUCCAAGUCUCUGACUGCGGCCUCUGUUGCGCUGCUAAUCGAUGACAACGACAAGUAUCCGCAGGUCCAAUACGAAUCUCGCAUGUCAGAUCUUCUUCCUGGAGAUUUCGUCAUGCCGGGAAACGACCAUAACGACGUCACCGUCGAGGAUGUACUCUCCCAUCGAACUGGCAUGGCACCGAACGAUUAUUCACUCCUGGGCCCGAAUGCAGCUCAGCCCGACGAUGCACGAUCCGUCACCAGAAACCUACGUAACUUGAUAACAGUAGCUCCGAACAGGUCGGAGUACCUCUACUGUAAUCUUAUGUUUACCGCUGCAUCAUACCUAGUCGAAUGCAAAAGCGGCCUUAAAUUUUCUGAGUUCAUACAAACUCGCUUCUUCAAACCGCUAGGCAUGCAAUCAACCAACCUCCAGCCCCAAGGAGCCAGAGAAAAAGGACUGGCCCAUCGACUGGCUACAGGUUACUACUGGGACAAGGAAGCUGGUGAAUAUGUGUGCAUGCCAUGCCAUGAUUCCCCCGAGGCCCAGGGAGCAGGACGCAUCAUCUCCAGUGUAAACGACUACAUCAAAUGGGUUCGAGCGCUGAUGAACAAACAAGCACCCAUCACAGAGAGUAUAUACCAAGGCCUCGUGAAGAAACGUAUCUCUCAGUCCCCACCCUUGAACGACAGUGAAGACAGCGAAGGCUCCGAAGGAGGACACGAUGCCUUCCCGACAUUCGCUGCUGCUGGGGUGGAAAUACAUCAGUACUGCGGGCACACGAUGAUCACGCAUGAUGGGCUCGACCUUGGCUAUGGAUCGACGCUUUUCUUCCUGCCGGAACUGAAGUUCGGAGCCGUCGUGUUUGGAAACUCAAACAAUGCGUCUAACGUCGCGAGGAUAAUCAAGUUCAAGCUUACGGACUGGGUUACGGGGAAGAAGUCGAAGGAGCUUCUUGGGGUGAUAACGUCGUUGGAUUCUGGAUCCGAAUCCGAGGAUGAGGAUAGUGAUGAGGAGGAGGACGAGGACGGCUUCACGGAGCUUGAGAAUGAGAUGAUUGGAGAGCUGUGUGCUGGUGGGGGUAAACGGACGGAGCAGACUAUGCCGCUAGGUGCUUAUGUGGGGACCUACUGGAACGACGGGUAUAAGGGCAUCAAGGUCGAGGAGAAAAACGGCGGUUUGUUCGUCAACGGCAGAGAUAGAUCGAUGGGGUUCACGCUUACUUUUAAGCAUAUCUGUGAACAGAAGGGGUAUAUCGCCUACUUGUCUGAGAUGACCGAGCAUGAAAAAUCGCCCAUCAAAGCUGAGUUCAAGCUCGAGGGUGAACGAGCGGUUGAGCUUGGCUUGUCGUUUGAGGAUUCUUGGGACGGAUAUAUUUGGUUCAAGAGGAUAUGA